ACUAGCUAGCUGCACUGCUCCAAGAAUAUGGCAAUCAAGAAAGAUGCCCAGAAAAUGGCAGAAGCAGAUAUGAGAGCCCCACUCAUCAUAGAAGAUGGGCAUGGAGAAGAACAUCCCCAGAAGGUUCAGAGCAAGGAAGGAAGAUGGAUGGUCUUCUUUAGUACAAUUGUUGCUGUCUGUGGUUCUUAUUCUUUUGGAUCUUGUGCAGGCUUUUCAUCACCAACGCAAACUGCCAUCAGGGAAGAUCUGCAUUUAUCUCUAGCAGAGUACUCGCUAUUCGGGUCCAUUUUGACAUUUGGGGCCAUGAUUGGAGCAAUAACGAGCGGCCCCAUUUCUGAUUUCAUCGGUCGCAAAGGGGCAAUGCGGAUGUCGGGCACCUUCUGUGUGGCAGGAUGGCUGGCCAUUUACUUUGCUAAGGGAGCUGUGCCUAUGGACAUUGGAAGGUUGGCAACCGGAUACGGAAUGGGAGUCUUUUCUUAUGUGGUACCAGUGUUUAUAGCUGAAAUUGCCCCCAAAGAUUUGCGAGGAACAUUGACAACAAUAAAUCAGCUUAUGAUUUGCUCUGGAGUAUCAGUUGCAUUCAUUUUGGGGACAAUUCUGUCAUGGAGGGCUUUAGCACUAACUGGGAUAAUCCCAUGUGCUGUUCUUGUUAUGGGCCUCUUCAUCAUUCCAGAAUCUCCUAGAUGGCUGGCGAAAAUAGGAAAUCAGAAGGAUUUUGAGAAUUCGUUGUACAGACUCCGUGGAAAAGAUGCUGAUAUAUCUGCAGAGGCAUCUGAAAUCAUGGAUUACAUUCAAAGCCUUGAAAAGCUCCCACAAGCUAGAUUGCUUGAUUUGUUUCAACGAAGAUACUUGCGCUCUGUGAUCGUGGGAGUUGGACUAAUGGUAUGCCAACAAUUUGGUGGGAUUAAUGGAGUAUGUUUCUACACCAGUAGUAUAUUUGAGUCUUCAGGGUUUCCUUCAAACGUAGGAACUAUAAUCUAUGCUAUUCUCCAGGUUGUAAUCACUGCAUUAGGUGCAGCCUUAAUAGACAGAGCAGGCAGGAAGCCUCUAUUAGUGGUCUCAGCAACAGGACUUGUCGUUGGCUGUACACUAACAGCCAUCUCAUUCUUUCUGAAGGGACAUGAAAUAGCUGUCAGUGCAGCACCAUUACUUGCUGUUACAGGAAUACUGGUGUACAUCGGGUCUUUCUCAGUUGGAAUGGGAGCAGUCCCAUGGGUAGUGAUGUCUGAGAUAUUUCCUAUAAAUAUAAAAGGUGCUGGUGGAAGCCUUGCAACACUGGUGAAUUGGUUUGGAGCUUGGUUAUGUUCCUAUACUUUCAACUUCCUCAUGGCAUGGAGCUCGUUUGGAACUUUUGUUCUGUAUGCAGUUAUCAAUGCACUUGCCAUUUUGUUUGUGAUCAAGGUAGUGCCUGAAACAAAAGGAAAGACAUUGGAACAACUACAGGCUGCAAUCAAUGCAUAGUAACAUUUAGAUUUCCUUUUUCUGUUGUUUUAUUUUCAAAAGAAAUAAAUAGAAAGAAAUUGCAGUGGUGGAUUAUUUUCCAAAAAUCUUGGUGUAAAUUUAUAUGGAUUAUUUUCACAGCUUUUUGGAAGCUAUUCGUAGUACCAAAAGGUGGAAUUCCCAACUCGGAGCCUAUGCUCGACCUGAAAGCAAGCGUAGUUAGACAUUGAGAGCCCGUUUGGUAGAAUUGAAAUUGACUAAAUCGACUAGAUCUAUUGAUGGAAAAAAUUAUAUAAAAAAUAGCUAAAAUGGUUCUCUAAACUAACUUUAGUCAAUUCAGUCGGAAAAGUAACUCCAACCUCGCUUAUUUUGAUUAUUAUACAAUUCAGCGGGUGAAAUUAAAAGUUACAUGUUUGAUAAACAAGUUGAUUGCUCAUAAGCUGAAAAUAGAAGUUACCAAACGGACCAACCUGCUCUAAAUCAUGUUGGGACUAAGUUCGGCCGAAGGCUAAACUAAAAAAUUAAAAACCUAAAAAAUUAAAAAAUUAAAAAACUAAAAAACUAAAAAAUUUAAAAAUUUAAAAAUUAAAAAAUUAAAAAAUUUUAUUAUUAUUAUUACAAUUAUUUAUUAUUAUUAUUAUUAUAAUGAUUAUUCUUAUUAUUAUUACUAUUAUUACUAUUAUUAUUAUUAUUAUUAUUUUAUUAUUGUUAUUAUUAAAUAAUUAUAAUUAUAAUAAUAGUUAUUAUUAUUAAGUUAUUAUAAUUAUUAUUGAUAUUAUUAUUAUUAUUUAUUAUUAUUAUAAUUAUUGAUAUUAUUAUUAGAAUUAUUAUUAUUAUUAGUAUUAAUAUUAUUAUAUACCGGUUUAGAAAGUUAAGAUCAGAUCAAAAGGAUUCAGAUCAGAUCAGAUCAGAAGCAUUCAGAUCAGAUCAGAAAAAUUCAGAUCAAAUCAGAAAGAUUCAGAUCAGAUCUUAAAAAAUUCAGAUCAGAAAAGAUCAGGCGAAGAGAACAGCUUCCAAGUCUCCUUGUGUUCAAAUACCUCCUACUACUACACUCCCUCCUCUUUACCUUCCACCUCUUCUCACCAUAUUAUCUCCACUAACUUUCCAUUUCAUGAGCUCAAUCACCCCUUCCAAUAAUAUUUACCCCAUAUCACCUCCAAAUUCAGUACUUCUAAUCAACCUCACCCCGGUUACCCGCUCCAGAAAUCAUAUUUUUAAACCCAAUCCAAAAUAUGCCCUCCUCACUACCUCCCCCACAUCUGCACCUACUACAUAUAAACAAGUUGCUUCCCUUCCAGAAUGGCGAAAUGCCAUGUCUGAAGAAUUUCAAGCUCUCCAACGUAAUAACACUUGGUCUCUUAUUCCCUCUCAUCCUUCUCAAAAUAUUGUUGGGUGUAAAUGGGUUGACUGGGUUAAGCAAAAUCCGGAUGGAUCCGUGGCUCGUUACAAAGCCCGUCUUGUGGCUAAAGGCUUUCAUCAAACAUCAACUUUACUGACACAUUCAGUCCGGUGGUUAAACCGGCUACUGUGCGGACUGUUUUAACUAUUCGUACUAUUCAGGGUUGUUCUAUUCGCCAACUCUAUAUGCAACAACCGUCGGGGUUUAUUGAUAAACUCGGCCUGAUCAUGUCUGCCUUCUCCACAAGGCAUUGUAUGGCCUUUGCUAAGCACCCCAGGAUUGGUAUUGUGAGCUCCGGUAUCUAGCUUUCACUAAACCAGACAUUAGCUUCAUUUGUAAAUAAAUUAACUCAAUUUAUGCACCCCCUCCUCUAAACACUGGCAGGCCGUCAAACGAGUGUUACACUACUUAAAGGGAACCCUUCACUAUGGUGUCUUUAUUUCAGCAAAUACUCCUAUCACACUUCAUGCCUUUGUCGAUGCUGAUUAGGCUGGGGAUCGUGACACUCGACACUCUACCUCGGCCUACGUUGUCUUUCUUGGACGCAACCCAUUAAGCUGGAGUUCAAAGAAGCAAAGUACUGUUGCUCGCUCUUCCACGAAAGCCGAGUACCGUGCUACUGUUAAUCUUCUCCGUGAACUUCAUAUUUCUCUAGCUUACAUUCCAACAGAACUCAUGAUCAACAUGCCGAUUCUCUCACCAAACCAGUUGCAAGGACUCAAUUCCUCUCACACUGGUCCAAGCUUGGGAUCCUUCCUGAUCCUCCUCGCUUGCGGAGGCAUGAUAGAAUAUAAUAUUGUUUUAAUAAUAUUGUAACAUUAUUUGUUCCCUCAGGUCCUAGGACAUCCAAACUCAGAGCAAGUGAAGAAGUUUGAGCUAUGGCUGAGAGCAAACAACGGGCGUAGUGGUGAUUGUAGGGGUUCCAAUUGGCUGGUUAUGCAGAUGGGUAAUAAGCAGGGGCAGGGGCGGAUCCAGGAUAGAAGAGUGGGGUGGGCUUAGCAGGGGAAAAAAAUUGUUAUUGCAAACAAAAAUUUUAGCUUAGGCUGCUUAGGGCCGUAAUCGAAUUGAGUUUUUUUCGAACUACGCGAAUUCAAGCGUGAUUUCGAAUUUAAUUUAGUGAUCUGAGCUUAAUAAGCUUUUUUUAACUCGAACACGAGCUAGAUUUUGAGUUCGAAUAGUUGUUCAAGCUGAGUUCGAGCAUAGUGGUAUUCGGUUUGAUCCGGACUCAAGUCUAUCAAUAACUCGUAAAUUAUAGAAAUAAAUUUUAUUUAUCUUAAAAUUUAAACAUUUUCAUUGCAAUUUUUUAAAUAUAUUUGAACACUAAAAAAAUAGAGUUCAUAUAUCUAUUUUAUUCAAGCCGAGUUUGAGCAUAAAUUAAAUUAAUAAUCAAAUACAAUUACAUAACUAUUAAAUAAAACUAAUGCACUAAUAAAACUAUUAUAAUUUUAUUAAUGAUAAUAAUAAUAAUUUUAAUAAUAAUAAUAAUAAUAGAAAUAGUAUAUGACCAAAUAAGGAUAAUUGAUAAGGAGUAACUUAGUUAUUUUAAUGAUUAUAAUUAUGUUUAAAUUUUAUUGCUUAUAAAAGUUACUCAUGGUGACUUGGGUCAAAUAAUAGUAAUAUUCAUAUAAUAAUAACAGUAUAAUAAUAAUAAUAUAAUAUUAAUCAUAAAAUUUAUGUUGUAAAAUAAUAUUGUAAACUUGUAAUAUAAAGUGCUUUCAUUGAUGGUGUGGGUGAGUGGGUGAGAUGAGAU